UUUACUAAUGAGAACAACGAAAAUGUCAGUACCCAAUAGUAGACAAAUGUUAUUUUCAAAUCAAUAAUCAAUCAAAAAAUCUAAAUUAUGGCACAAAUCAAAAUUGACGUUGAAUAUUGCGGUUCAUGUGGACACAGAAAACAAUUCCUUGAAAUGUCCGAUUUAAUUAAGAAAGAUUAUCCCGAUGUUAAAAUUUCCGGCGAGCCUGGCAAACAAGGUUCAUUUGAAAUUAAAAUAAACGAUGAAUUAAUUUAUUCAAAGUUACAAACAAUGGCUUUUCCCGAGUACAACGAAGUCGUCGAUGUUGUCAAAGAAGUUACUCAAGGACAAGCGCCCAGAAAAAUAACUAAACAACAACCAAUUGAUUGCAUUAUAAUGUGAAAUUCGUUUAUUUUUAUAAAGGUAUACAUUUACAAAAAUUUUUUUUAUUUAUGUAUGAAAAUAUUUUUAUAUAAUAAAUUCAUUCACUACACGAGA